ACGAACAAAGAGAAACCAUUCGUGAAGAAAAAGUGGUUGGAUCGCUGCAAAAAGAGAGAAGAAGAGAUGGCGACUGCUACCGUUCUCAGCCGCUUGUCACUGAUACCGAACCUGUCCUCUAUACCAAAAUCGUUUUCAAACAAAAGAACAACUCCUACCGCUGUUUCUGUCCGAGCACAAGCCUCUUUCUCCGACCCAUUCGUACUUCAGUUGGCUGAAUCUCUCGAAGACUCUCUCUCACCUUCUCCUUCUUCUUCUUCUUCUUCUUCUUCUUUACCUCUCCAGAGAAUCCGAGACUCUUCCGCUGAGUCCCUCUUAUCUACUCCAUGGCCAUCCCGAAGAGACGAGCCUUUCCGAUUCACCGACACAUCCUUCAUCCGUUACUCCCAAAUCGAACCAGUCUCGACCCAGCAACGUAACUCGGAGAUUCUAGACAAUCUGACGGAAACCCACUUCCCAAACGCUGUGAUUAUCGACGGGUUCGUGUCCAAUUUGACGAUUGGCCCAUCGGAUUUGCCUGAUGGGGUUUACUUCGGGAGCUUUUCGGGUCUACCGGACGAGCUCGUGAACCGGGUUUCCGAAUUCAUCGGAGAUUUCGAUUCCGGUGAUCUGUUCUGGUCGAUUAACGGCAUGGGAGCCCCGGAUUUGACUGUGAUUUACGUUCCGGCUGGAUGUAAAGUGGAGAAUUCGAUUCAUCUGAGGUACUUUUCUGGUCAAACCGGUGACCGGGAAUCGAAAAGGUUACCGGUAUCGAAUCCUAGGGUUUUUGUGCUGGUAGAGGAAGGAGGAGAGGUUGGUGUAGUUGAAGAGUUUGUGAGUAAAGACGAACAAGGGUUUUAUUGGACCAAUCCUGUUUUGGAAGUUGUUGUCUUGAAGAAUGCCAAGGUUAAGCAUUCUUACUUGCAGAAAGAGUCUACGGCUGCUGCUCAUAUCAAGUGGACUUUCGUCCGACAGGAGGCAGAGAGUGAAUAUGAGCUUGUAGAAGUGAGUACCGGCGGGAGAUUAGGGAGGCACAAUGUUCAUGUGCAGCAGCUUGGACCCGAUACGCUCACGGAGUUAACAACGUUUCAUAUGUGUGUCAACGAGCAGACACUUGAUCUCCAUAGCAGAAUUGUCUUAGACCAUCCUCGAGGCUCUUCCCGACAGCUCCACAAGUGCAUUGUUGCUCACUCCUCUGGCCAAGCUGUGUUUGAUGGCAAUGUCCGAGUUAACAAGUAUGCUCAACAGACAGACGCGGGACAACUAACAAGAAGCCUUCUUUUGAAACCUCGAGCCACCGUGAACAUAAAACCGAACCUUCAGAUCAUUGCAGACGAUGUCAAGUGCUCACACGGAGCUGCCAUCAGCGAUCUUGAAGAAGACCAGCUCUUCUAUUUCCAAGCUCGUGGGAUCGACUUGGAGACUGCAAGAAGAGCUCUCAUUUCCUCUUUUGGAUCAGAGGUGAUCGAGAAGUUUCCAAAUCGGGAAAUACGCGACGAAGCUAGGAAUCACGUCAAGUCCUUGCUCUGAAAGACUGAAACGAUCACCUCAAACCUAUCGCGUGGUAUUCACGCGUUAUUCCUGCGAUUCAUAUAUGUGUUCAUUACUAUGUGAGGCCCAUCUUUUUCGGUUUUGGCCCAUUCAAGAGAAAACAACAUACAGUUGGCGUCUAUGUGAAUUUAACAGCGUGCAGUGUUUUUUUUCAA